CCGCUCGGGAGAAACCCGACGAUCACCCAACUCUUAUAAGGGAGCACCAGCUUCUGCUUCCUCGAGAUCUUGAAGUAUGUUGGAGGGGUAUUAAAAGCGGGGGUUUCUUACGUGUCCGUCCCUACGGACUACUUCCCGUCAAUAUGUUGACUUUUGUUCAUAAUUUUCUCCCCUGAAGAACACCUUCGUUCUUUUGACGACCCCGCAUAACCUCCAACCUAAAAUGAGUGCCUUAUUUCCCCCCGAUGGUGGAGCUGCUCCUGCUCCUUCAGGAGGUUUGUCUCUCUUUCACACGAGUAAUGUUGUUGGCGGGCCGCAGGCGUUCAACAUACUGCAGCCGGGAACGCCUGGCUCGGUACUUCUACCAGGAGAUGGUGGUGGUGCCUCUUCCUCGUCUACUGCGACCGGCACUGGCACAGGAGGAGGAGCAAUCCUCGAAGAUGACGUGGUAGCUUACCGCGACCCAACGGAUCUGAACUUGGUGGUCAUGCAGAGUGGAAGGCGGGCACCCGUAAUUCAUCCAUGGUUGCAUACUACGCAGAAGAGGAGCGGGGUGAUAAAGAAGGAGAUACCUGCUUUCCCAAAUGGGACAAGUAGCAGCACAGCAUCUGGGAAAAAUGCGAGUGGUGGAGUUCGCAAGCAAGGUAAAACUAAGAAGAAAACCCUGAAAAAGGGUCAAUUCCUUUGUCUGAGUGCAGCUGCACAUUUGGUGAAGGCUGAUUUUGCUCGCGUGACGAUCCGCCAAAUCGUUCCAAUCGACUUGAAAAGAUCCGACACGAGUUUCGACUUCGAGUUGGUCGCCAUAGACAACCGGAAAGCCGGACUUCAAGCACUAGGUGUUGGUGGAAAUUCUUCUUCGUCUACAAAUACGCCAACAACUUCUGGUGGAUCAUCUAUCGGGGGUGCUGUCAACAUGCAAGCCGCUGAGUCUUUGGAGAACAAGGGAAAAAACUCGGUUUUUAUGGGCGGCGAACCAGGAAGUCUUGCAAGACUUGCGCUUAGGAUGGUUGUUUCGAAUGCCUACAGUAACAGAAAUGCAGCCGCAGCGGCGAAAGCAGCAGGUGGAAUGUAUAACCUUGGAUUACCACCAGUUCCACCACCGCCUUCACAGACGCAACCAAUCGCCAUCGGAGCAGCAGGCGUUGUCCAGUUACGCAGUGCAAACUGGAUAUUGCAGCAACCCGGUGCUGUAGCACGUAGUGCAACUACUACUACUGGUGGGACGACGAGUUCUUCCUCAUCUUCCACUAUUCCUUCAUCCACUAGUGCAUCUACAUCCACCACUAUGCCUUUAGUACAACCUCCUUCUGCAAGAACAGCGACAGCACCUUCAGGAACUGGAACAGCAGCAACCACAUCAGCAGCAACCACAUCUGGAACAGCAACUCCUUCUCUUCCAAGUAAACUUCUCGUUGCAGAUACGGUGCCCCUGGGGCCCAUCCGGGUCCCGGAUACCUUGCAUCCUCACGUGGGUGCUCUGGAGUGGAUAGCUGGACGACCUAGUUGGCAACCUGCUGGGAAAGACUGGCAAUCUGCAAGCAAUCACCCAAACCGGGACUACUUCUUGCAACAACUGCUGUUAAGAGGUGCGGAUGUUGACAAGUACAUUAACUAUGAUAGACAGGUGUGGGCGAGGACAAAGGCACAGAUGUCUAGUACAACAACACUAACUACCAGACAGAAGAUAGAAGAUGGGGGAAAUGGAAAAGGAGACGGAGUAGAUGCUGUGAUGAAUGAUGUUGUAGCUGGAACGACUGCGACAUCAUUAGAUGGGAUUUUGUCAAACUCAAAUGGCACAGUAGCAAAUGGUGUUCCGGGAACAACAGCUGCAAGUUCAUCUUCAUCACUCGUCCCAAAGCAAGAGCAUAAUCCGGCUUUGCUAGAGCUUGCUCAGCUUUUUGCUGGUAAAAGUCCGCAACAGAUUGAGGCGGUUAACCAGCAUCAAGCGAAAAAUAGGCAAUAUCUCUACAACAUGCAGAUGACUGGACAACUGCUACAACAAGGACAUCUUCAAGGUGCGACCACUACAUCUGUCGGUGCUGCAGGAGCGUCAUCUUCAUCUUCUUCAAGUUCAACGUGGCCUCCUGGUACUGGACUUCCUGGUGCUGGACUAGGACAACUUCCUGGUAACAAUACAAGUACUACCCUUUCCCUUCAAGCCCAACAGCAGCACAUGCUGCAGCUCCAACAACAACAGCAAGCAGCACAAGCUGCACAACUCGGCUACAGUGCUCAGUAUCCGAUGUCAUUGGCGUCUGCACAGAAAGCGCAGUUCAUGCAAGGAAUGCCGAUGGGUGGAGGUGUACAACAACCGAUGGGUGGAGGCAUGUUGGGUGGUCUUGCUUUGAAUCCAGGAAUACUUGGUGGCGCGGCCGCUGGUGGAGCUUCUUCAUCCUCCGCACCCAACAGUGCUCGCAUACAGAAAAAACUAUUCGACAAAACGGCUUAUGGGGUUUCACCGGAGCUGCUGAAGAGCCGUUUUUCGAAGCAUUUCGUGGUGUCUGUCCCUAGGAUCGCGCCUAAACAUUUAAGGCCUGAAGACUUGCAUUUCGUAGACAAGGACGACAAAGGGCAAAAGAUCCAGACAACCGCCUCCAGCCAACAGCUAGAUGUUGACGAUGCGGCAUCGAGUGUGGUUAGUUCCCGGUCAGGGGCAGCGAAAAGCAGCACUACAGGAAGGGGUAGACCACGAGGAGGUGGGUACGUAAGGAAAGCCGGAGGAGGCUACUUGGCCCGUCCGCCUUCUUCGGCGCCGUCGAGCGGAGUGGGGAGCAACGCGGAUAGAGGCGUGGAUGUAAGAAGAUUCACGAUAGAAAUGAUAGCGCAGUUCGCCAGCCUCUGCAGAGGUUGAGUUGAAAAUGCAGAGUGAUAAAUAACAAAUACAAAACUACUUCGCAUUUAAAUUUAUACAUAGAACUACUUCUUCCCAUAAAUCAUUUAUCUUUCAAAAGUACGACAGACUUCCUACACAAAACAACAGACGUUCUACAUUGUCGAAGCAGUAACACCCGAAGUUAAGACACAGUGCAUGGAGUUGCAUCAGGCCAAGCCCACCUUCUCGGAAGCGACGGAACGAGAAUAUGUACUUCAAAUUCAUGAAUCAAUUUAUUUUUUUGAAGACACAUUUUUCUCAUCAAUCUGAAGAGUCUCUCGACUCUCUAAUCGUCCUAAAUAGAUAACUUUCGCUUCAUGAUCUUCGUCUUUCCGCCACAUCUACGUAGAUGUCGAAAACUCUAUUCCACUUCAGAUCAAGAUGCGCAUUUUCCAAGACAAAGCUUUUUCUUGCAAGACUUGGGGCAUGUACGACAAGAAGACAGGGGAACUCUGUGCGGCUGUCACAGUGAGGAUAAACGAGUGCCCACCAGCGACACAAGCUGAAGAUGAAGUGAUGACUGUGACGCAGAGGUCCAAUAAGUGGGAGACGUAUCCUCAUAGCUUCCGCUGGGUUCAGAUCAUGAAUAUGUCAGCGAAGACCGAAGGAAAGGGACAUGGAACGAUUUUUUACAAGAUCUUGGAACCGAGGUGGAAACAGGAAGGUACUUCUACUUUCUUCUUAUGCGGAUUUGAUUUGUGCUUGUGCUGAGAUAAGUGUAAGUGAUAAUCUAGAUCUAUCAUGAUCACACGCCGAUCACGAUCUUCAACUAGAGGUAAAAGAUUAUUACACGAGCACAUCCUCGUCUCUAUCUCUACUUAUUCCCGAUGCUAAAAUUUUCCUUCCACACCAUCUUCAAUCUUCACAAAAAGGUUAUAAAAUUGUCGUUCUUUUCCCCGCCGACAACGAUGGCGCCCCGCGUUAUUGGGGCAACCUCGGAUUCAAGGAGCGCAGUAAUGGCAGUAUCCUUCCGCAGCGAGCUCGCCAGACGACCCUCAUCGCUGAGAUCGACGUCCAUACACAAAGAAUUCUCCCCAUGUGGGAGAAGGAUUUGAACUUACGGACUAUUCCCAGAAGAGCGGCGAACGCAGGAGUGGCAAACGCGGGACAGCUGUCCUUUGCGCAGAGUGCGGGUAUCAUGAAUCCUGCUGCCGGGACCAUGCCUAGUAUGGACGCGGGAGGGUGAGUUCGCCUGACCUCUAGGACUCUCAUGCGCUGAUUCCUUGGCUUCAUCCCGAUGUUGAAUUAGGGAACACUAUAGUGAGGAGAUGUUGAUGUCACUGGGUCAGCUAGUAUGAUGAAUCUCCAAGUUUCUUCGUGGUCUAUUCUCUAUUAACCUAUCUGAAUCUGACGAACCUCAACAUCAAAACACACCAAACUCAAAGCGUCAUGUGUAUUUUUAUUAUAUGGAAAACGAAAAUGAAAAGAACCAAGUAGACGCCUGUCGUGCGUCUCUGAAGACUAGUUUCACUCGAUUUUUUCAUCUCGACCAUUCCAUUCAGCAUUUUCUCAACAUUUUCACUAAGCAUAAUUCCAGCAGAUAUUUGGAUGAUACUUUCCAUUUGACAAGAGCGCGUGCUUGAUGCUGAAGACGAAAGACAAGUGUGUUCAAG